UCAGACACUCUCCUUCCAUUGACUCACAAUUAUACACACAUAGGGGAAAGUCACACAGACGGACACAUCUGAACGACACGUACAACUUCACGUUUACACACACAGACUCUUGGGUACACACACACACACACACACACACACACAAAGACCCAUCCGUGCACAAACGCAGACACACACUCACACACACACACACAGGGCCUCUGAGCAGGAUGAGGGGACCCUGGAGGUGCCUGCUGGGCCUGUGCCUCCUGGCAUGCUCGGCUUCCACCCGCAGUGCCGCCAAUCCCUUCGCAGGGCAGCAGACCCCGCCAGACCCUUGCUAUGAUGACACAGGCGCAGCCCGUCGUUGUAUCCCCGAGUUUAUUAAUGCUGCCUUCGGCAAGGAUGUGAUGGUGUCCAGCGUCUGUGGCCGGCCUGCGUCCCGCUCCUGCAGUGUGGUGGAGCGGAGCGACGAUCGGCCCUCUGUGCGCACGUGCCAAAUCUGCGACGCGGCUGACCCUCGCCGUGCCCACCCUGCCUCCUACCUCACUGACCUAAACUCGGCGCACAACCUCACCUGCUGGCAGUCAGAGAAUCUGAACACCUCACCGCACAACAUGACCCUCACCCUUUCGCUCGGUAAAAAGUUUGAGAUCACCUAUGUCAGCCUGCAGUUCUGUUCCCCACGACCCGAGUCCCUGGCCAUAUACAAGAGCAUGGACUACGGCAAGACCUGGGUGCCCUACCAGUUCUACUCCUCACAGUGCCGGCGCAUGUACAAUCGGCCAAACAAAGCAUCCAUUACCAAGCAGAACGAACAGGAGGCUCUCUGCACAGAUGGCCACACUGACCUCUACCCGCUGUCUGGAGGACUCAUUGCUUUCAGCACUCUGGAUGGACGGCCCUCGGGCAAAGACUUUGACAACAGCCCCGUCCUUCAGGACUGGGUGACUGUCACUGACAUCCGCGUGGUCUUCAGCCGGCCCCAGCUACCCCGGGAGCUGGGACUGGGGGCUGGAAGCAACAGCGGAGGGAGGGACGACGACCCCAUGGCGGUGACAACAACGCUGCCUACUUAUUUCUAUGCAGUGGGAGACUUCCAGGUGGGCGGGAGGUGUAAAUGCAACGGACACGGCUCACGCUGUCUGAAAGACAAGGAAGGCAAACUGGUGUGUGACUGCAAGCACAACACAGAGGGACCUGAAUGUGACCGCUGCAAGCCCUUUCACUAUGACCGACCGUGGCAGAGGGCCAAUGCCCGCGAGGCCAAUGAGUGUCUGCCGUGCAACUGCAACCUCCACGCCCGUCGCUGUCGAUUCAACAUGGAGUUGUAUAAGCUGUCGGGGAGGAAGAGCGGAGGGGUCUGCAUGAACUGCCGCCACAACACCGCAGGCCGCCACUGCCACUACUGCAAGGAGGGCUUUUACAGAGACCUGGCCAGACCCAUCACCCACCGCCGAGCCUGCAAAGCCUGUGACUGCCACCCUGUGGGCGCAGCAGGCAAGACGUGCAACCAGACCACAGGCCAGUGCCCCUGCAAGGACGGCGUCACCGGCAUCACCUGCAACCGCUGCGCCAAGGGCUACCAGCAGAGCCGCUCCCCCGUGGCCCCCUGCAUCAAAAUCCCAGUGGUCAACCCCACAGCUGCGGUGAGCAGCACAGAGGAACCAGCAGCAGAUUGUGAGUCCUAUUGUAAACCAGUGAAGGGCAACCUGAAGAUCAACAUGAAAAAAUACUGCAAAAAGGAUUAUGCGGUGCAAGUGAACGUGCUGGACAUGGAGACUGUUGGGGACUGGGCGAAGUUCUCGGUUAAUUUGGUGUCUGUGUACAAGAGCCGCGGCGAGCCCUUGAAGCGAGGCGACAACAUCCUGUGGGUGCACAUGAAGGACCUGGCCUGCAAAUGUCCCAAGAUCCAGAUGAGCAAGCGAUUCUUGGUGAUGGGCGGCAGCGACGGCGGAACGGGCACAGGGACGGGUCCGGGGGUUGGUCCUGGCGGUGGAGCCACCAGUCCAGGGGCGGAGCACGUGGGCCUAAUGGCUGAUAAGAACAGCCUGGUGAUCCAGUGGAGGGACGUUUGGACGAGACGCCUGAGGAAGUUCCAGCGCAAAGAGAAGAAGGGGAAGUGCAGCAAAGCGUGAUUGGAAAGCGGCGUUCCUCCCCACCGCUCCCUCCAUCGCCCACCUUCAUGAACCCUUUACCCCACCAUCUCCCUCUCCUCCCCCUGUCGUCCCCCAUCACGGGAACACUGCACAUUAGAAAGACUGCAUGUACCCUACCUGUUUUAAGGACCACGUUUUGUGUAUAUUGUAUAAUUAUUUUCCUUUUUUUAUUUUUCAAGGUGUGUCUUUGUUAUGUCAGUUGUCUUUUUUUUGUCUAAUUGGUUUGCCUUAAAAAGGGACCAUUAAAAAGGGUAUGAAGUGUAGACAAAAGCAGACGCCAUUCCCUCCCUCGAUGACGACGGCAGAAAUGUCCACUCGUCCCCUGACUACGACCCCCUAACCCUCGGCCUCCUCUUACCGUCAACACUGACUGUCUUCUGCCACUUUGUUUGACAUUUACCACACUUCACACACUUCUCUGAGGAUUUUAUUCAACAGUGUUUGUCACUGACGGAUUUCAGUAACAAGACAAGCUGCACAUCCUCAGCUUGUCCUCCUCACGUUUCAUUGUUGAAACGACUUGGAUCAGCAAUUCAAUCAACUUUUGCUGUUAAAAUGUUCCUAAAAAAAUGGGGCCUACUUGCUUUAGGUCUCAGCAGUAACUUCUACGGACUGUACCUAUGAAACUCUUGUCCCGUGAGGAACCAAGGGCUCCCUUUGCCGGGACAUUUUCCACAGCAAACCUCAGUCUCAACACCACUGCUGUUGCCAUCAGACAGCCCUCACAGAACAAACUGCGCUGGUGUAAGCUCUUAUAUCUGCAAGUGUUUGAUGCCACUGCUCAUAGUAGAGUUUAUAUUCUUUGUGUGGCUACUUUUAUCUCAUCCAUCCAUAUCCCAGCCCUGUCCUUAUUUGAGAUAUAUCUUUUUGUUUCAUUUUAGGCAGAACAAACCCUGUUAGCAUGUGUGAGUCACAUUCCAGGCCCCCGGGACUGUGCCUCUUCACCACUAGUCCCUCUCAUGAGUGAUUCAUAAAGUCAUGCAUCACCAUCAUGACUCAUUGCUUGUCACUUUUUCUGGAAGAAAGAUUAAAUGGUGUGGACAAAUGGCUGGAAUUUCAGAACAAUACCAAUAUUUCCAAGGAGACCUUUUUGCUUUAUGGAUAAUGUCUUCCCCGAGGCGAUGUCCUUCCAGAUGUUGCUGUGUGGCCAGUCUCAUUUGUUUGUAUUUAAAUGUCUGAACACUUUUCGGAUGCGUCCAGUGACUGGCAGACUUUUGUUUGUCGAAAUAAGAGAUUGAAACAAGAGUUCCUUUUCAUGCAGUAAAAAGAAAACAAAGUGGGAUAAACAACAUAAUCGUGUUUUUCUCUAGUGUAUUUUGACAAAAUGAAUGAGCCUGGAACGUUUUUAGUGCUCACUGAUUGUAUUAUGACAUGAGAGGAUCAUAUUUCAUUCCUCAUGUGCUUUGUUAUGUUUGUGGUUUUUGCUGGUCCAUCAAAAACCUUACAGUGAGCAGUGAAGAACUAAACUAAAAUGAACAUUGAGAUCCAAAGGAAAACUUCCCAAGUUAUCUUCCCCCACUUGCCUACCCUGACACAGUCCCUGUCAUCCUUUGCCAAAUAAGCAUAGUCCGUUUUUAAAUUCAAUUAAGAGACUAUGGAAUUCAGGACCAACAAAAACCACAGAGAGAGCCGUCUGGUUGCUCUCAAGCUUUUUAUCUGCCUCUUGCUGUUAUUUCAUUUUGUAAAGCACAUUACAAUGUAUUUAAAUAGAGUACAAGAUAAACACACAGAUUCAAGGGGCACGUCAAGCUAGCGCAGCGGUGAGUGUGCGGACAGGCAUGUCAUGCUAGCGAGUGGUUACGCUCCUCUGGCUGCGGCGGUAUGUUUGGUUUGUCAUCCUUCCAAAAGUGUCUCUCCUCUGCUCUCUUCUCUGUGUCAGCCACCACCCUCCCCAAACUCCCUUUUUAACCCAUUUUGCAUGUUGUGUAUUCGGUGUCUUAGAUAAGUGACGGCACAGAACGAGGCUGCCAAAGCUCCUCAGUGGUGUACUGUACUGCACUGUAGCUCUUGUUUUCACGUCUUCCGGGAAUGUACGUCAAACUGUGAAGAACAACACUUGCACAGGUGUAUGGUCUGAUUGUAAGUGUUUAUGAAAUAAUGUCACCAAGCUUAAGAAUGUGGACACCAUGACAGUUGAUGCCAUUAUAAACUCUGAAGGAUGUUGUGGAUAUUCAUGCUUAUCUGUCUGUCUCAUUGUGAUAUUUUGAUUUUUUAAUCCGAAAAAGAAAAAAGACAUAACCAAUGUGAGAUAUCAUCGUGUUUUCUGGUGUGAGACAAAAGAGCAAAGGUGGUCAAAAAGAGGAUGGCGCCAUGCCCAGGACCCAAUUCCCACCGUUGGAAUUUAGCAAAAAUGCAGAACCAAACAGUCAAUUAUUUGUGUGUUGGCUGUCCGCGGCGGCCCGUCAGACAGGUGGUGUUACAGUAGCACCAGUCUCCUCGUCGCGGUAUGCGAGUACGGUGUGACACUUUAUGAUUGAUGGUCAACGUACGUGCCAGUGAGGCCUCUUUGGUGCUGAACUCCUUAAGCGACCAACACGCAUUCGGAGGAAUUGUGGUGUCCUUAAAUCUGGACUUUCUCCCGCGUAGAAUCGCACAAAAAAAGAAAUCCUCCUUUCCAUGGCUCUCCUUUUCUCAAGUGCCCACCCUGAUUGUUGGGAUAAAGAUGAGAGGUAAGAGUGGCCAGAUGUUGUUUGGGGGGUGGAAGCAUAGUCUUGUGAAAGCUAUUUAGUGAGCCUCAUAGGGAGAGCCGUCCUGUUGUUUUACGUUAACAAGCCCAGCAGAUUGGCAGUGGAUCUGAGGCCAUAACUGCUUUGCUUUGUUUCCCCCCCCCCCUUCACAGCAUUUAUAGCAUUCACAGGUGUGUGUAUAUGUGAGUUUGUGUGUGUGUGUGUGUGUGUGUGUGUGUGUCUAAUUAACCUUACCCAUGUAAACAAGUGACGCGCACAUGAAACGAAGGUGCAGAGCGGUGAGAGAGCUCUCAUUUGAAGUCGAAACCUUUUUGGGGGCACACAGCUUCUCAGUUUUGCCACUUUUUAAUGUUUGUAUUGACGAGUGUGAACAGCCUAUGAUGAAGAGUUUUCACCUACUUUUCCCAUUUCUUCCCUGGUUCACUUCCAUCUUGUUCAAUAAGUCUUGACACAUUUUUUUGAUGUUGUAAAUAUGUACCGAACGGCCUCUGCCGAUCAUGUUGUCUUUUGUGAAGCGUCACUUGGCCUUGGAUGACUCACGUGUAUGGAUGUACAAACCAGAUGAUGUUAUAUGGAUGUGGAAACCAGAAACAUAUGCUUUUGUGAUCACGGCCAGAAGAUAUGGUUCAGAUAUUACACAGAAUGUAUUCCUUUUUUUUCGGUUUUAUGUUUGUUUCCAGAUAACCGCCCAAUUGUAAAUGACUUUGAGGAGAAUGGAGUGCAAAUGUGACGCGGGCUGAUCGGACGCUCUCCGUUUCCCAUGAGAGGCACAGACACAACAACCCACCACUCUCGGUCACAUUCAUUUCCUGGGAAUAAUGGUUCACUCACGCAGAAAUUGUCAACCUACCUUUUCUUGGUGAACUGGUGAUUCUUCCCUCAGUUCAGUCCUGCUCUUCACUUCUGUUUUAUCAAAGUCUUCCUUGUACAUUUUUCCUCUGAGGCAAUGAACCACUGACUUUUUAAUCUAAAUGAUAAAAAAUAAAUUAUUAGUUAAUGAGCUGUGUGUUGUGCUGAUCAUCUGUCUCUUUAAUUACAGUCAUUAGCCUGAGCUGCGUAAAUGAUGUCAAAUUGAUAUGCGUUUGUGUGUGUUUCCCACUGGAAAGUAUGCUCGCAUACAGUGGGCACUGCACUGGUGUGUUUCCACUCACACCGGGGUCUGAAGGGGGAGACGACUGGGGAGAGCGGCUCCCCUCCUCUACGAACAUAGCAAGAGCUAAAGCUCUGUAAAUAAACAGGCAGGCACACACACACA